CGCACAUCGCCUCACACAACCCACGCGCGGGAGCCCACCCGCGGCAUGGGCCGCCGGAGGGUUUACGUGCGGGCUCGCGUCAGAAACCCCCAACGCCGCGCACACUUUCCCCCAAUCCCCCACACCUCUCUCGCUCGCAGCAUCCCUUCCCUGUCCGGAGACGCCUGAACCCCAGCUGCGGCGCGCGCACGCGCACGGACACACACCCGACCCCGGAGCCGGAGCGCCGGCGGAGAUGGUCGACGGGGAGAAGGCCUCGGCCCCGCCCCUGCUGCGGCUGGAGACGCUGCUCGCGCUCGGCCUCGACCAGCGCACGGCCGAGAACGCGCUGGUCAAUAGCAAGGUCACCGCCAACCUAGCCGCCGUCGUAGCCGAGGCUGGGAUAACUGGAUGCGACAAGUCCGUCGGGAAUCUUCUGUACGCAGUUGCCACGAAGUACCCAAAUAAUGCACUUGUCCAUCGUCCUGCUCUCAUUAGCUACAUCGUUUCGACCAAGAUCAAGAACCCUGCACAGCUAGAUGCUGCUCUGUCGUUUCUUACUAAUACCGGUCCUGAAUCUUUGGAUAUUGGGAAGUUUGAAGAAGCCUGUGGUGUAGGUGUGGUUGUUUCUAUUGAAGAGAUUCAGUCAACUGUCUCUGAGGUUCUGAAGGAAAACCUGGAAGCUAUAUUGGAGCAGCGCUAUCACAUAAAUGUUGGUGGCCUAUGCGGACAGGUCAGGAAGCGGCACCCCUGGGGCGAUGCCAAGGCAACAAAGGAGGAGAUUGAGAAGAAGCUUGCUGAGAUACUAGGUCCGAAGACGGAAGCUGACAAUGUAAAACCAGUGAAAAAGAAGAAGGAGAAACCGGCAAAAGUUGAGGAGAAAAAGGUUGCAGUAGCCACUGCCGCCCCACCAUCUGAGGAGGAAUUGAAUCCUUAUACAAUAUUUCCCCAGCCAGCGGAAAACAAUAAGGUUCAUACAGAAAUAUUCUUCAGCGAUGGGAACAUAUGGAGGGCGCAUAACACGAAGGAGAUAUUAGAGAAACAUCUUAAGGCAACUGGUGGAAAAGUGAUGACGCGUUUCCCACCAGAACCUAAUGGAUACCUUCAUAUCGGUCAUGCUAAGGCUAUGUUUAUUGAUUUUGGAUUGGCUAAAGAGCGAAAUGGUCACUGUUAUCUCAGGUUUGAUGACACAAAUCCAGAAGCUGAAAAGAAAGAAUAUAUAGACCACAUCCAGGAGAUAGUCAAGUGGAUGGGGUGGGAGCCCUAUAAAGUUACAUAUACAAGUGAUUAUUUCCAAGCUUUAUAUGAGCAUGCAGUUGAGUUAAUACGGAAAGGGCUAGCCUAUGUGGAUCACCAGACUGCAGAACAAAUCAAGGAAUACAGGGAAAAGAAGAUGGAUAGUCCAUGGAGGGACAGGCCCAUUGAAGAGUCUUUGCAGUUAUUUGAAGACAUGCGGCGUGGGUUGAUUGCUGAGGGUGCUGCAACUCUCCGAAUGAAGCAGGACAUGCAGAAUGAUAACAAGAACAUGUCUGAUUUAAUAGCAUAUAGAAUAAAAUUCACUCCUCAUCCACAUGCUGGCGACAAAUGGUGUAUCUAUCCAAGCUAUGACUAUGCUCAUUGCAUGGUGGAUUCACUUGAAAACAUUACACAUUCUUUGUGCACGCUUGAGUUCGACAUACGCCGCCCGUCAUACUACUGGCUACUUGUUGCCUUGGGUUUGUACCAGCCACAUGUUUGGGAGUAUUCGAGGCUAAACAUAUCACAUACUAUGAUGUCCAAAAGAAAGUUGAAUCGGCUUGUGACAGAGAAGUGGGUAGAUGGGUGGGAUGAUCCUCGUUUGUUGACUUUGGCGGGACUGAGGCGACGGGGAGUAUCAGCAACUGCGAUCAAUUCAUUUAUCCGUGGAAUUGGGAUAACGAGAAGUGACAAUAGCUUAAUUCGUGUUGACCGUCUUGAAUAUCAUAUCAGAGAAGAACUGAAUAAAACAGCUUCUCGAACCAUGGUUGUUUUGCAUCCUCUAAAGGUUGUAAUAACCAACUUGGAAGAUGGAAAAGUCAUAGACCUUGAUGGAAAAAAGUGGCCUGAUGCUCCUGCUGAUGAAGCAUCGUCCUACUACAAGGUUCCUUUCUCAAAAAUUGUCUACAUUGAAAAAACUGAUUUUCGCGUGAAAGACUCGAAAGAUUACUAUGGGCUGGCACCUGGUAAAUCUGCCCUGCUGAGGUAUGCAUUCCCGAUAAAAUGCACAGAGGUUAUUUAUGGUGAUAAUCCAGAUGAUAUUGUUGAAAUUCGAGCCGAGUAUGACCCCUCAAAGACCUCCAAACCUAAGGGUGUUCUGCACUGGGUUGCCCAGCCAGCACCUGGAGUUGAGCCAUUAAAGGUCGAAAUAAGAUUGUUUGAGAAAUUAUUCUUAUCGGAGAAUCCUGCCGAAUUGGAAGAUUGGCUUGGUGAUCUUAACCCGCACUCGAAAGAGGUUGUAAAGGACGCCUAUGCUGUACCGUCACUCGCCACCGCGGUUGUGGGCGACAAUUUCCAGUUUGAGCGGCUUGGCUACUUUGCUGUGGACACGGACUCGACUCCCGAGAAGCUUGUGUUCAACAGGACUGUAACCCUGCGCGACUCUUAUGGGAAGGCUGGACCCAAGUGACUGUGACUGCAAACUCAGUGGAAAAGAUCCAGUUUUUCUUGAUCAGAGACGCAGAAAACAGUCAUGAUAUAACAUGCCAAUGGCCAAGAGGCCCUUUUUGUUUUUGUUCUUCAUACUGGCUUGUGAUGACUAUUAUAGUAUGUUUUUGUUUCAAUCAAUCAAAAUUUGGAUGAUCGUAUGCUCAAA